ACCGUCUUUUUAUUCUCAAUGACAAACGAAGAAACGGGACUUCGUUUAUGUCAUUCCUGGUUGUUAGGUUAGUAUGCUGAAAUUGGAGUCAGUGAGGAUUUUUAAAAGGAAACAAUCAUGGGAAAGCACGAAGUGGGGACGCCAAAGUACAUCGCGAACAAGAUUAAAGCCAAAGGCUUGCAGAAGUUGAAAUGGUUCUGCCAAAUCUGCGAGAAACAAUGUCGGGACGAGAAUGGAUUCAAAUGUCAUACAAUGUCAGAAUCCCAUCACCGUCAAUUAUUAUUGUUCGCCGACAAUGCUUCACGCUAUAUGGACCAAUUUUCUCGAGAGUUCUCCCAGGGAUAUUUGAAUCUCUUGAAAAGGCAAUUCGGCACGAGAAGAGUCCCAGCUAAUAGAGUCUACCAAGAGUACAUUGCGGACCGAACUCACGUUCACAUGAAUGCUACUAUCUGGCUCAGCUUGACAGCCUUCGUCAAGUGGCUUGGACGUACUGGACAGUGCGUCGUCGACGAGACUGAGAAAGGCUGGUUCGUAACAUACAUCGACCGGGAUCCUGAAACGCUGUUAGCUCUAGAGAAAAAGGCAAAGAAACAAAAGAUGGACAAAGACGACGAGGAACGGACGAUGGAGUUCAUUGAAAAGCAAGUAGAAAGAGGUCGUCAAGAGAUGGACGAACAGUCUAAUUAUAAGGUACCUCUGGUACGUCCAGAAGAUGACGCACCGCUUAUACUGGAGAUGAAAUUGAAGCCAAAGGCUCUACCAGUUCCUAAACUCGAUACCAUCUUUUCCUCUAAACUAAAUCCGUCGAAUAAACGUAAGCGAUCUGACGAAAUAAAAAUUGAGAAUGACGACAGUUACGACAAAUUUGAUAUUCCAUGUAAAUCAAGUUGUAAUAGUAAAAAGGAGAAGAGAGACAAUAAGUCAAAAUCGAGAUCUGUCAGCAAAGAACCCAUGGACGUGAAAUUAAAAGACACACCUGCCACGAUUGGCUGGUUGAGAAGUGGCUUAGUGGUAAAAGUGGUAACUAAAAGUCUCGGGGAAAAGUAUUACCGUGCUAAGGGUGUUAUACAGGACACAAUAGACGAUUUCAAAUUUCUUGGGAAAAUAAAGUUGACAACGCCUGAAGUAGUCGAGGGACAUGUGUUGAAAAUUGACCAAGAACAUUUGGAGACUGUAAUACCAGCCAUUGGGAAGGAAGUACUAAUAUUAAAGGGGAAGUAUGCUGGAUGUACAGCGAUUGUGCAAAAAGUGCGUGUUGAAGAGUACAGUAUCGAUGUCGAACUGAAAACAGGAGAUAUCGUGAAGAGAUUACCUUACGAAGACGUUUGUAAAUACGUGCAUCGAUAAUUAAUAUAAAUUCUAGGCACAGAGUACCUUGUAAAAUACAUUAUUUCUAAUUUCGUUGUGCCCUUUUAAAAGAGCACAUACCAUAAAAUUCUUGAAGACUGUUGCUCAGAUCUGAGUCCCAAUUGAAUCGUGGAUAGAAAAAAUGAAUUUAAAGGAGAUGUUAAAGAAAUCCAAUUUUUCAACAAGAACUUGACAUAA